AUGGUUAUGUCGGCAGGUGGCGGCGAGACUUUGUCGAAGUUAAUAUGCGUACAGGCGAAUGAGCCUGUACCUACGCCGCGUCCGCCAACGCCGCCAUCGCAACCGACGCCAGUACCUACGCCGCCGGCGCCCACAACAAGCACCCAAAUCUCCACCACUGCCACCCAGACAGCCACAAGUUCCGAGACUGCCACCCAGACUGCCACCCAGACAACCACCGAGACAGGCACGAGCUUCUCCAAAGCUCCACAGCCACCACCGACAUGGUACAGACCGCAACGACUGCAUUGGAAAUUCCAGUACUGGCAGGAUCACAGGAGUUGGUGGUGGAGUCUGAGGAGGGCUUUCGUGUAG